GCAUGGAGCGGGGCGCUGCGGCAGGCGGGAACGCGGCGGCGGCGGGGGGCGUAGGCGCUGCCCCACCGGCGGCGUUGGAGGAGGAGGAGGAGGAGCGUGAGGACUGCGCGGGCCUGUGGGAGCUGCCGGUGGAGCGCUGCGAGAGGCGGCCCGAGUGCGGGCGCUGCGGUCGUCCUCAGAAGGUGUGCUUGUGUCCAUUCCUGCCAGUACAUCCACUAAAAGUCUCCACCUGCUUAUAUAUAAUUCAGCAUCCAGCAGAGGAAAGUCGAGUGUUAAGGACGGUACCUCUACUAGUGGCUUGUCUCCCUCCAGACAAAUGUAAAGUUUUGAUUGGUCGACGUUUCAGUGAAGACAGGUAUCCCGAAUUAGCAACAGUGUGCCGAAAUCCAAAUACUCUAAUUUUGUACCCUGGAGCUGAAGCAACUAAUUUGGAAGAAAUUGCUUUGAUGUCUUCCAGUCCAUCUGUGAUGAUAAUCAUUGAUGGAACAUGGAGUCAAGCUAAAGAUAUAUUUUACAAGAAUUCUCUCUUCCGGCUUCCCAAGCAGGUGCAGUUAAAAACCAACAUUUCAAGUCAGUAUGUAAUUCGUACACAGCCAACAAACUCCUGUCUCUCUACACUUGAGUGCGCAGCUGUUGCUCUUACCAUCAUGGAAAAAAAUAAGAGUAUACAGGAGACGAUACUUCGUCCACUUCAAGCUUUAUGUUCUUUCCAGCUUCAGCAUGGUGCCCAGAUCCAUCACAGCAAGGAACAUCUUCUCAAAAAUGGUCUGUAUGACAAGCCCAUGCCAAAGAAUAAACGCAAACUCAGAAGAAUGGAACUUUUGGUAAAUAAUGUUAAAAUCUAGGAAAACUGUGCUGAUAAUAUCGUGAGAUUUAUUUGAAGCUAGGAAACAAAUGAGUCUGGAUUUAAUCCAAACAGCAGAUUUUACUGGAUGAGCCUUUUCAUUUUGCAAAAGGCCAGGUGCUUUGUUCAAAUGUUAAAAGAUCGUUGCUCUUAUUUUUCUAUAGAAGAAAAAUUUCUGUGAAAAAUUUAGAAUUAUGUUAUCUCUUGGGUGAAAAGUGUGAUCCUCAGUAUGACUGGAUAAAUAUAUUUUGGAAAAGCUUUUAUCAGUACUGAAAGACAUGGAAUUUGAACAUAACGCAAUGGUAAGGCUUCAGCAUUUAGAAGUACAUUGAAUUUCUAUUGGAAAAUUUUAAUAUCUAAUUACAGUAGAUUUUGAAACUGUAAUUCCUUAUAUUAUUUAGUUCACCUGAACAUAAGGCAGUAUUUGUAUAAUUUUUCAAAACUUUUGAGACUUUCUUAAAUAAUCAGAAUUUCUUUUCGUAAAUUUAUAUGCAUCUUACAAUGCUGUCAGAUUGAGUUUGUGUCUCUGACUUUGUUAGGGUGAGUUCAUAUACAUAUUAUUGCCAGAACCUGAACCCUUCCGAUUUAGAUUAACGGGAGGGGAAAUGGAAUGCAGAGAUAUGAUUGUUGUAAUUAUAGCUGAAGUUCUUCACUUUCUACUUGAGCAAAAACUGUUUUUAUCUGCAUAGGAAAGGCAAAAUACCGAUGAUAUAUAUAUAUAUAUAUAUAUAUAUAUAUAUAUAUAUAUCCUAUACCUAUCUUAAAAACAGUUAUGAUAUUAAAAGGAUUAAACAAGCCCAAUGUGAACAGCCCAUUCAGAAGUAUCACUCGGUGGAAAACAGUUAUUUGUAGAUACAAGUUGCUAACAUGUUUGUAGGUACAUUAGAUUUACAUGUGUUCUUUACCUAGUUUUUCCUCUUCUGUCCGAAAUAUGACUAUACUACUACUUAAUGGGAAGCACUAGCAAGCAAAAGGAUUGGGUAUUUUUGUGAGCUCUGUGAAGUAACGUUUUAUGAUCUAAAGGAAAGGAAAGUUGAAAUAAAGGCUUUGACAUUCUUUUCUCUAUGUUCAUAAAUGCCUCCUUCAUGAAACAGAUUAAAUGCUUAAUAUUUGCCUUUACUAUCAGUUCCACUCUAGGUAACAACAUAGAGCUAAUCAGGUUCUAAUUCAUCUUAGACCACAGAGAUUUUGAUUUAUGACCAGCAAAGAAAGAAACUAUAGAAGUAGGGGUGUAAACAAAGCUCACUAAUAUAUUAACGUGAAUGUAUUUCUGCAGUUAACAGGAGAGGUCAGAAUUAGUUCAGAGAUCAGCUAAUAAGUUUUAGUUAACCCUAAGCUGACAGUGACCUUUCGUUUAGGCAUAGAUUAACAAUUUGAUUUGUCUGACUAUGUUAACAAAGUUUAUAUAACCUUUUCUCCUCUUCUGGUCUAGAUAAAUCCUGUAUCUUUCACUAAUAUCAGUAAACCUGAAUUAGUUUUGACAAAUCCGAGGCAAACAGUCUAAUGUGAUUAAUUGUAGUAUAGAUGCCCUCUUCACUGGAACAGAGAAAGGGCACAGUUAUUUCUGUAGUGGAGCACAGUGCAGGAAUCGACAAGCUGAAGUUACAGUCUCCUCCUGCAGCUUGUGUGUGCACGGUGUUGUGUGUGGUGCUGCCUCCUGCUCCGGGGCUGACAUGGCAGAUGCUGGGCUGCAGGUCUGUUUCCUCUCUGCUCCAAGACAUGGUAUAGACAUGUCCAAGCAUUCCUGGCAAAGGAAACUAGGGUAUAGGGCUUUAUUGUUAAUGCUACGUUUACCUUUUUGGAAGAACUUCACACUUAAUGUUGUAUCUGUUAAUUUGAUUUGCCUUGUUUUAGGCCCAUCUAGAACAGUGGGGCAUCCUUAGAUCUGUACUGUGAAGGUUAUUUCCUGAACAGAAGGUGAAAUAAUGUCUUUUUAUAAAACGUGAACUUGUAUUAUGAAGAACAAAAAGAAAUUUAUUUUACUGCCUGGGCAUCAGACAUCUGCAAAAUGCCUUAGAAUUACAGGAUCAAAAAAAUAGUUGCCUUAAUUGAGUUAUAAUCCUGCAUUAAGUACUUUAGUGUGCACAAUCUGUGAGUUCAGAGGCUUCAUGUCAUUCAGCAAAGGACGAAUUUCACAGUACUCAUAAAAGCAGACUUUACUAAUGUGAAUAGUCUUGACUGAGGCUGUUCAUUAUUUUUUCCUGUGGCUAACAGGAUUUGUUGUAUUGAAGUGCUGGACACAUGGAAGCCUUUAAUUGCUAAUCCGUUAUGUUGUACAGUACCAGAAGAUCAAUCGCUAUGCAAUAGUUGCUGAAGGAAUGAAAAAUAAUUCACUGUUAAUCUCUAGGCAUUGUAUUUUGGGGGAUUUUUGCUGUCCCGUCUAGCAAUAAUAGAAUGACCAUUUAGGUGCAGCACAGUAGUCAUAUGAAAUUCAAUCUCAGUUAAGGGAUUUUUUGAUGCUAUUAAAAACAUUUUUUAAAAAACCUUUUGAUGCAAUUGUGUGGCUUUAAAAACCUAUAUGCGGUAUAAAAACAUAUUUAUAAGUUUAGAAAGUGUUUUCAGGUUAGAGGAUUCAGAAUUUACCUCUAAAUUAUUUCAAAGAAGUGGGUACUCCAAAUUCCAAACUCUGAGUGAGAAGUUGUGUUUGAAGAAGUAGCACUCUUUGCAAGCAUUUUUAUGAGAAUGAAUUUAAUUAGCAGUUUUAUUUUGUGCUUUCAUGGUCUAUCUGUUUCACUUUUCACUUAAAGAUUAAUGAGUCAAAAGCAGCAGUCUGACAAGAUACUGAUUGAAAAGAAUAAUAUAUUUGCUUAAAAUAUUUAGUCCUUUGUUCCUGUCCACUUUGUACCUCCAAAUAUUGAAAUCUGCCUUUCCAGUACUACUGUGUCAUGCUUUGAGGAAUCAGUGACAUGGAUGUGUUUCUGAGCACAUGUAACAAUUUUGCAAAGGUGGGAAUUCUAAAAUCUGCAUAUUUUCAUGAUCUGUAAGAGGAAGCUUAAGAAAAUGAUAAAGGAAGAAAUCUUUCAGAUUAAGAACACAAAAAAAGCUUUUACUUAGAAAGCUUCAAAUUAAAUGUUAACGCUGGCCCAGGACAAGCAAUUUUUCUAUCUUCAGAAUUCUACUCUCAUUACUUCAUAACCCAAUUGAAAUUCCAGCCAGAAGAUGGUGUUGAAAUACUACCAAGCAAUUUCCUUUUGUUAAUUUUCUGUUAAGUUUAAAUAAAUAAAUAAAUGUUUAACUGACUUUAGAAAGGACAGAAAUUAUUUUUAGAC